AUGGGAUCUAUAGGUAACUACCAUGAGGUCAAGCCUUAUAAAAUCGUGGAACAGCCAAGUCGAUACCGCCGCAAAAUCCGUAUCAUCGUGAUCGGAGCAGGCGCGAGCGCAUUGAACUUUGCCCAUGACAUCGACACAAGCUCGCUAGAUACUGAACUGGUCCUUUAUGAGAAGAAUCCUGAGAUCGGCGGCACUUGGUACGAAAAUCGCUACCCUGGAUGCGGAUGCGACAUUCCUUCCGUCAACUAUCAGUUCUCGUGGGCUCCCUCUCCUGACUGGACCUCCUUUUAUUCGGGCGCACCGGAAAUCUUGAAAUAUUUUAAGGGCGUUGCCGACAAGUACGGGCUUCGGAAAUAUGUCCGCCUGGAACACAAGGUGGUUGGCGCGUUCUGGGAUGAUCAAGAUCAACAGUGGCAUGUGAAGAUCCAGAGAGGUGACAACCCCGAAGAUAUAUUUGUGGAUCAGGGUCACAUAUUGAUCAACGCAAGUGGCGUGCUGAACAAAUGGAAAUGGCCCGCAAUCAAAGGCCUAGAAUCCUUCCAGGGUCCUAGACUUCACAGUGCAAACUGGGACGACAGUGUCGAAUUGCAGGGGAAGCGUGUGGCUGUCAUUGGCUCAGGCUCCUCUGCGGUGCAAAUCGUCCCGAGCAUUCAACCAAAUAAUGAGAAGCAAAAGCAAAUAUUGCAGAAUGACCCUCAGAAGUACUUGGGAUAUCGCAAGAAGAUCGAGUCGGAGCUAAACUCUCGUUUCCGAUUUAUCCUCAAUGGAUCCGAGGAACAAGCCAAUGCGCGAGCUUAUGCGGAGAAGGAUAUGCGCACAAAGCUUGCGGAUCGUCCAGAAAUCGCAGACUCGAUUGUUCCAAAGGACUUUGCAGUGGGCUGCCGCAGACCUACACCCGGAAACGGAUACCUCGAGGCACUUUGCAGCGAUAAUACUGAGGUUGUCAGUCAAUCAAUUGAAGAGGUUACCCCGAAAGGCAUCAAGACUGCCGAUGGUGUUGAGCACGAAGUCGACGUAAUUGUGUGUGCUACCGGGUUUGAUGUCAGUUGGCGGCCAUCCUACCCGACUAUUGGCCGGGAGUCUCGCAGUCUGAGUGAGCAAUGGAAGAAUAUUCCAAGAACUUAUCUUUCCAUCACAGUGCCAAACUUCCCCAAUUAUAUGAUUUUCAACGGUCCCUUUGGACCAUAUGGCCACGGAAGUUUCCUUCCAAUCACGGAGACCAUCUCAAAACACUUCAUUCAAAUGCUUGAGAAAAUGUCAUCGGAAGGUGUGACGUCAUUUGAGCCCAAGCCUGAAGCAGUUGCGGAUUUCUUUGAACACCACCGAAACUUCAUGCCUCGAACCGCUUGGACAUCGCCCUGUCGUUCCUGGUUCAAGCAGGGAACCACUGAUGGCGAGGUUAUGAUGUGGCCGGGCUCGAGAAUUCAUUUCUUUGAGACCAUGAAGCAGCCCCGUUGGGAAGAUUACAAUCUCAAUUAUACAACCUCCAACCGGUUUGGCUAUCUUGGCAACGGCUUUGCCGCACGCGAGUUUGACGGAAGCGACCUGUCAUGGUAUCUUGGUACACUUGACGGAAAUGAAGAGGCACAUCUUCCUGAUGAUGACUUUGAGGCUUUCAUGGUUCAGUGA